CGUCGCCAUCAUCAUCGAAAUGGCGAAUCAUCAAAUAUCCCCAGCCUCCCUUACAUCCAGCUCAAGUAUCGAACUACAGCCGAAGACAUACACCCCCGAAGAUGAUUGGACCGGAGUUAAUGAUCCCAAAGUUCGACGAAAAGUGCAGAAUCGCUUGAAUCAGCGGGCUUUUCGAUCUCGACAACAAACCAAUAACACCCACGGACAGACCAACCGCACCGCAACCAAGACCAUAUCCAGCCAACAACCCCAACCCACACAAUGGACCUGGGCCCCACCCAAUCUCCCCGACCUAAUGACCCUCUACGAACACCGCAUCACCAAAACCUACCACCUCGGCUCCCCCCAAACCGACCACCUCCUCACCCUCACCCGCCUAAACAUCUGGCGCGCAGCCAACGACAACAUCAUCGCAGCCAGCAUGACAACCGAAUACCUCUGGGCCGACGAAUCCAUCUCCCUAUUCAGCAUCCCCACCGCGAACCCCCUACCUACAAGUAUAAAUCUCCCCACUACCACCAUCCCUGUAAGUCUCCAACCAACCAACCUCCAAAAAACCCUCCCCCAUCAUCCAUGGUUCGACAUCUUCCCGUUUCCCGCAAUGCGGGAUAACUUCCUCCAAGCGGAGGGUAUGUUCGAUGAGGAUGACCUGUGUCAUGACCUCAUGGGGUUCUGGGAUUCGCGGCGCGAGGAAGCCACGCUCCUCGUCUGGGGCGUGCCUUGGGAUCCGAUGAAUUGGGAGGUCACGGAGGGGUUUGUG